GCGGAGUUGCCACCUGUGCCAGCUGUCUCCUCGGUACCGUCCUCUCGGUGCCGUCCUCUUGGUGCCGUCCUCUCGGUGCCGUCCUCUCGGUGCCGUUGAGCAUCCCGAAACCCGGCAUCCGCGAUAAGGUCAGCGAGGCGGAUGUCAGCAUUCCUCGGCCUUCUCCAGAUGGCAGAUGGCAAGUCACAUGCCGCAACAUUACCCCAGCGUCAGCUUACGCUGCUGUACUCAUCUCUCACAUAUAUCCCCCCCUUCUCUCCUAGACCCAGUCCCAUACCCUCUCCCACCACGCCAUGAAAGUCGACCCGGACGUGCCGCCGCACAUCGCGGCGUGGAUCGACCGCUUCUACAAGAUCACCGACGCCGCGGACCACGACGCGUACCUGGCGCAGUUCGAAGCGGAUGCGACCUUCAACGUGCUUGGCGCGCGGCAGGGACACGACCUGAUCCGGAAGGGGCGCGAGUGGAGCUUCAAACACCGCGGCGCGAACCAGGUGCACCGCUGGUUCCACAUCUGGUGUCCGCAGCCGGACGUCGCCUACGUGAUCGGCGACAACGACUUUACGCGCGCGGCGGACGGGCAGUUCGUCAAUGUGCCGUUUAUUGCGCGCAUGACGUUCAACGGCGCGACCGAGGUCGAGGGGCUCAAGAUGAAAGACUACUAUGUCUGGGUUCGCUUUCCGCCGGGGGAGGACUAUACCGACUUGCCGGGUGUCGGGAAGUAGGCGCGGACGGAGCGAGGGGGUUGUUGUAUUGAGCACUAUGUAUAGAGCUCCAGCGGGUCGUUGGCGAGGACAUGAACAACCUCGUCAGUCAUGGACGACGUUUCGGAGAGUUCGGUGACUAAGUAAAAUCACCGAGCACCCG